GCGCUCCUGGCCUCGAGGCUGCACGACAGGGGGGCUGCAAGGAACCGCGCCCCAUCGGGGCAGCCUCUCUGAGCCCCGCUGCCAGCCGAGCCCCAGAUGACCCUGAACACGCAGCCCGGGAACAAGAGCCCGCUGCGGAGGAGGGCCAGCACCCCUCUGCCGCGGGUACCGGGUGCCGCGCCUCGGGCUCAGCUCGGCCAUCCCCAGCUCGGGCAGUCCUCGUCCGAACCGGGUGCCAGAGCCGCAGCACCGCGGGGCAGUUGGUCCUCCGAGUCCUCGGCCUCCUCCAGCUCCUGGGAACAUCGCGUGGUGCUGCUGGGAGACCCCGGCGUGGGCAAGACCAGCCUGGCCAAUGCCUUUGCUGGCAUCCAGGAGCGGGACCUGCUGGAACAGCACGGAGAAGCUGCCUACGAACGCACACUGUUGGUGGAUGGCGAGGAGACCACGCUGCUGGUGUUGGACACCUGGGAGCCAGAACGGAGGGGCGAGGAGAGCUGGCGCCGCAGCCAGUGCCUGCAGGUGGGCAAUGCCUACGUCAUCGUCUACUCCAUCACGGACCGCAGCAGCUUUGAGAGCGCCUCGGAGCUGCGUAUCCACCUGCGCCGCGCGCGGCAGGCUGAGGACAUCCCCAUCAUCCUAGUGGGGAACAAAUCCGACCUGGUGCGCUGCCGCGAGGUCUCCAUUGAAGAGGGCCGUGCCUGUGCCGUGGUUUUUGACUGCAAGUUCAUCGAGACAUCGGCAGCCCUGCAGCACAACGUGGAUGAGCUCUUUGAGGGGGUGGUGCGGCAGCUGCGCCUGCGCCGUGAGGGCAAAGAGCCUGCGUCCAGCCACCGGCGCAAGGAGAGCCUCACCAAGAGGGCCCGGCGCUUCCUUGACAGGCUGGUGACCAGGAACAGCAGCAAGGUAGCCCUCAAAGCCCGCUCCAAGUCGUGCCACGACCUGUCCGUGCUCUGAGAGCUGCCACGAGCCCAUCCCACUGGACUUGGAGGCUGGGGACUGCCUUUGCCAUCAGCGUGGCCAGCAGCAGCGUGGUGCCAGCUGAGCACACAUGGGGCCGGUGCGAUUCUGAGGACGUGGAGCUGCUGAGGGACACCCAGGGCACUCCAGGUCUAGCUGCUUCUCCUCUGGAAUGGGGGAUGAAUGGGGCUGGGUCCCCUCAGCUGCAUGUGGGGUGGGUAUCAGGGUGGCUGCCCAGCUCCUGGGGGGCUGGAGGUGAGGCUGUGGCCCUGCAGAGCUGCCAGCAGUGAGGCAGAGUGGCUCCCAUCCUUCACAGGGCAGCAGGGAGCAGUGAAUGCCCACCUCAAGGACAGGAGCCUGGCAGGGAGAGGGGCUGGGGGAGCUCUGGCAACAUCAUCUGGUACCCCCAGCCCCUCCAUGCCAGAGCUUCAUGCCAUGUCUCCCUGGAACCUGUGUUGCCUGAGGUUUUUCUGCUGUCUCUGUACCAGUACAAUGGGGAAACCCCUCGAUCUGCAGAAUAAACCACGUCUGGGACA